CAUUGAAGACAAUUUGCAAAAAACAAAACAACAACAAAAAAGAAAGGAACAUAAAAAACCGCCCGUUGUUCAUUGGAAAAACGACGGCAUUAGAAAAGGAAACAUUGAAUAAAUAGUAAAAAAGGAGACGUAAAUAGGCUUCCAUAUUCACAUACAUGAAUAUCAUUUGCGAUUUCCCUUUUCGAAGCUCGUUACGUUUUUAGCUUGAUUGAAGUUACGAGAAAAUAAGCACUGGGACAUCAUGGAACUAGAUGCUAUCACAAAGUUGCGUCGCUUUUGCUUUUUAGGGUCAUUCGAGCCCGUUUGUGUACACUUAGAUGGAAAUGUUAAAAUAGGUUAUUAUUGGCCACUAAUUAAGGAAAUGUGCAAGGAAAUAAGUGUAGAAGCCAUGAUCUCAUUGUUAAAGGAAGUUUUAGUGGAAUCCGACAAUUUGGUGAGAAGAGAUGAACCGAUUUUUGUGUAUGCCUCUUAUUUGGCAGCAGACGUUGAUACGAAACAGAAAACUGGCAUGCGUCUCGCUUUUACUUGUCUAAUAUGCAGUGAUAAUGAUUUAUUCUUGUUCUGCAAGUAUGCUAUUCUAAUCGCUAAAGAGCAAAAUCGCAAAGGUUUCUCCAAGACUGUUCGUAAAGCCAUUACCUGCUGGUAUGAAACGAGACCGGCAGAAAAGUUGCAGGAUAUGUGGUUAAAACAUCGCGGGCAACAUGGUUUUACACACAAGUCCUUAUUGAAACUUUGUCAUAUUUCAGAUGCAAAAAUUUCUGGAAGUACAGUUCCAUUUUUCAAAACAUGCACUGAACUCGUCGAGGAUUCCAAAGCGAAGAGCAGUGUAAACGCGAAUGAAUUGAACGAAACCACUGAAAGAACAAACUCGAAUCCAACACAGGAGCAAAUAGAUUUUAAAAAGAAACGUGUGUUCAAAAUGAAUUCUACAACAGCUCAGACAAUUUUAGAUGUGGCCAAAUUGCGUACUAUUACGAAUAAAAAAGAGGCUUUGAACAUCAUAAGAUCAAACAGAUUGCGAUACGAUCAAGUGCCAACACACUUUUUGAAAAGUGCCAGUAUAAUGGAAAUUCUGAUACCCAGUAUGACAUAUUUGCAAUUAAUAAAGAACUGGCGUCGCUUGGCUCAGUCGAAACUCUUACAAGAUCCGAAAAUUAUGCAAGCUUGUGAAAGAAUGCUGAGCAAUAGAAAAUUGCAACGUAAAAUUCAGCCGAUAAAUUUCUUAAUUAAUAUGCGUCGCAUGGGUAUACGAGGAGAUAUAACACGAUUGUCACCGAAGCGUGUUGAAAAUAUGAAAAUGAAAUACAUCCAGGACUUGUAUCAAAAUUUGUUUACCUUAACACCGGAUAAGUCUAUAACUGAUUUGCGUAUGCAUAUAACUAUAAAUCUUCAAGCCAGCUAUAAAAUAAAAUUUUUGCGAAAUCAUAAAAAACUAAGUUUUUAUGAUGCAGCCAUUGCUUUAGCGUUUGGUUACUUCAAACGCGAACAGCAUGUGGAUGUAUUUCAUUGGUUUCACGGAAACACGAGAUUAGAACGUAUUGCUUGGUGCAAAACGAUGGAUAUAAAAAAAGCUAUUGCUUGUUGCGAUAAUAUCCAGAAUAUUAAAAACUCCCAACGUUUGGUAAUUCCUUUAACAGAAGCGUUGCAUAGUGACCAAAUUUAUGAUGUAUUUCUUUGUAUUGUGCCUAAUGCGGGCCGCGGGAAUCCCAAUCAAAAGUCAGAUCAUCUUUGCAUGCAAUUGGACAAAUAUCGCUUAAAGAGUCCAAAAGCAAAAUUCAUAGUUCUAGAUCUACUGAAAUAUCGACGUUCCAUGCACUAUUCUCAAACACGCAAAGAGAAUAUAUUGGAAAUAUGUGGAUUGGAUGAACAUACCACGGAUAUCAUACACAAUUUUAUAACACAUCGUUUCGAUUAAAAGAAAGCGAACGAUAUCAAAACGAGAAUAAGAAGCAAAAAAAUUAAACUGAAAUAUAAGCAAAAGCGAACUACAUUAAAGAAGAAUCGGUGUUAAAAAAAAAAAAA